GCAUUCGGAUAUCCUCUGCACCGUCCUCGGUGUUGUUUAUAACUGUAAGUAGAGCCAGGCCCCCGGUAACAAAGCCACGGACGGUCCUAACCAAGAUGUACCGUUUGCUUGUCUGGGGAGCUUUGCUCCUUUGCUGUAAUCUGUGCGAUGUGAGAGCACAGACGGAGAUAUUCCGUAAUGCCGGUUUCGAGGCUCCGCUCGGCCCUGACAACUGGUACUGCUCUGGCUGCACGGGGGAACAGUACGGGGGCGACAAGGUGGAGGGGGCUGUGAGCAUGCGGGCAACUCAGAGACGGGCCACCUGGGCCGGCCCCGCCUACGAUCUUGCGUACGGAAGUGACGUCAUCUCUGACCGGACGUACGACUUCCAGAUCUACGUACAGCUGGCAUCGGGCGGUGACGUCAAACAUCCGGUCAAAGUCACAGUUAGGAUAGAGUUUUCAGACGGAGAAACCUUCCACCGGCAGCUCGCGCUGCUGAGCGACGUGAGUCAGACAGACGGCUGGCAGCAGAUUGCCGCGACAUUGACCGUGCCGGUUUUCGACAAGCCGGUGACGUCCUUGCACCUGUAUGUGUCGGGACCUCCGAGUUGGAUCGACCUACUCGUGGACAGAUCGUCUCUGACAGAGUCGGGCCCGGGUAUUGUCGAUACCUUUGCGGCUGACACCGAACUGCUCUCUAACCCGGGGUUUGAGUCCUCCCUGGACCCCUGGGAGUGCCGUGGAUGUACCGGUGUGCAGUACACCACGGACUGCUAUGGUGGCGCUUCAUGCAUGCUGGCUCAGGAGAGACGUGCAGACUGGGCCGGUCCCUCUCAGUACCUGGUCUGGGGGACAACGGUCAAGGCCGGACAGAACUACCAAUCCAGCAUCCAGGUCAAGCUCCUAGAUGGCGGAGACACGAAAUACUUGAUUAGGGCUAAGCUAAACUUCGAGUUUUCUGACGGAAGGCCUGACGCAAAUCAACAAGUUGCUGCAAACUGGAUUUCCGCUCAGGACGGCUGGAAACUACUGGCUGGAGACUACACCAUACCGGCAUUACAGGAUUACGGCGACGCCGUCAGCAGCGUCCGGUUCUACCUACAGGGACCUCCGGGCGAGAUCCGCUUCCUUGUGGACGACGCUUCCUUUAAGGAGUUCGUGUCUCCCACCGCCGACUGGAGGGCCGAGGCAGACGCACGGAUAGAGCAGAUCCGUAAAAGGGACGUCAAACUGAGGGUCAACACACCGAACGCACAUGGCAUCACCGUAGAGGUAGCUCAGACCCGCUCCCACUUUCCCUUUGGGGCCAUGGUCAACACCAAUCUGAUACCCAGCAACAGUCUCUACAAUGAUUACGUCUUCAAUAACUUCGAGUGGGCCGUCAUUGGGAAUCACCUCAAGUGGAAGAUGACCGAAAGGAAUGAGGGACAGCUGACGUUCGACCGGGCAGAGGCAGCCCUCUCACUACUUGAAAGUCGAGGAAUACCGGUUCGUGGACACAAUGUGUUCUGGGGAAUUCCCACCCAUGUUCCCACCUGGCUGCAUGCGUACUCCGGGUCAGAGCUGGAGCAGAAGUGUUGGAAAAGGGUGGAUGACGUCGUGGGUCGAUUCGCUGGGAGACUGGUGCAUUGGGACGUGAACAACGAGAUGCUGCACGGAAACUACUUCGUGGAGAGAACCGGAAACCCGCAGAUCCGGUACGACAUGUUCCAGAAGGUGAAGGAGAAGGAUCCUGGCGCCAAACUCUUCCUGAACGACUAUGGAGCCAUCAACAGUGGGGCGUUUACACAGGCGUACGUACAGCAGGCUGAGGAGUUCCUCGCUAACGGAGCUCCAGUCGACGGGAUGGGGGUCCAGGGACACUUCAAAAGCCGUCCUGACCCCGUCCUUGUUAAGAGUCGUCUGGACCUGCUGGCCACUGCUGGCCUGCCCAUGUGGAUAACAGAGAUGACUGUAGCGGAACAAGACGAGCUGGAGAGAGCGGUGGGUUACGAGGACGCCACGCGGGUCAUCUUCAGCCACCCGGCCGUGGAGGGACUCAUUCUGUGGUCCUCCGUAGGCAGCCCGACUUUCGGCGAUCCUUUGACUGCUAUCGCUGGUGGAGAUAACUUUGAGCUCAACGAGGCAGGUCGCCGCUGGCGGCAGCUUGUCCACACCGACUGGCGUACCAACCCUGUCCCUGCAACACGUACAACCACGUCAGCUGGGCAGGAGUUCGACUUCCGAGGUUUC